GGAGGCAGCUGCUCGCGCCCCUCCUGGCGCCGCCUCUCCGGGCGCGCUGGCCCUGCAGACCCGCAGGCGGAGCGCAGCCUCAGUCAAGACUGAAGUUCAAGGCCCUGCCUUCCCUGUGAACUGUGGCUGGUCAAGUUCGGGAACAAGACGUUGUCAUCACAGAUUAGCGCUCUGUGGCCCUCCUGGCCACAUCCAUUCACCAUGGUGGACACGGAGAGCCCCAUCUGUCCUCUCUCCCCACUUGAGGCAGAUGACCUGGAAAGUCCCUUAUCUGAAGAAUUCUUACAAGAAAUGGGAAACAUUCAAGAGAUUUCUCAGUCCAUCGGGGAGGAGAGUUCCGGAAGCUUUAGUUUUGCAGACUACCAGUACUUAGGAAGCUGUCCAGGCUCUGAGGGAUCUGUCAUCACAGACACCCUCUCUCCAGCUUCCAGCCCCUCCUCAGUCAGCUGCCCUGUGAUUCCCACCAGCUCGGAUGAGUCCCCUGGCAGUGCACUGAACAUCGAGUGUCGAAUAUGUGGGGACAAGGCCUCAGGAUACCACUACGGAGUCCAUGCAUGUGAAGGCUGCAAGGGCUUCUUUCGGCGAACUAUUCGGCUAAAGCUGGCGUACGACAAGUGUGAUCGAAGCUGCAAGAUUCAGAAAAAGAACCGGAAUAAAUGCCAGUACUGCCGUUUCCACAAGUGCCUGUCCGUCGGGAUGUCACACAAUGCAAUUCGUUUUGGAAGAAUGCCAAGAUCUGAGAAAGCAAAACUGAAAGCAGAAAUUCUUACCUGUGAACACGACCUGAAAGAUUCAGAAACUGCAGACCUCAAAUCUCUGGCCAAGAGAAUCCACGAAGCCUACCUGAAGAACUUCAACAUGAACAAGGUCAAGGCCCGGGUCAUACUCGCAGGAAAGACCAGCAACAACCCGCCUUUUGUCAUCCAUGACAUGGAGACCUUGUGUAUGGCUGAGAAGACACUUGUGGCCAAGAUGGUAGCCAACGGCGUGGAAAACAAGGAGGCAGAGGUCCGAUUCUUCCACUGCUGCCAGUGCAUGUCCGUGGAGACCGUCACCGAGCUCACAGAAUUUGCCAAGGCUAUCCCAGGCUUUGCAAACUUGGACUUGAAUGACCAAGUUACCUUGCUAAAGUACGGUGUGUAUGAGGCCAUCUUCACGAUGCUGUCCUCCUUGAUGAACAAAGACGGGAUGCUGAUCGCGUACGGCAACGGCUUCAUCACUCGCGAGUUCCUAAAGAACCUGAGGAAGCCGUUCUGUGACAUCAUGGAACCCAAGUUUGACUUCGCUAUGAAGUUCAAUGCCCUAGAACUGGAUGACAGUGACAUUUCCCUGUUCGUGGCUGCUAUAAUUUGCUGUGGAGAUCGGCCCGGCCUUCUAAACAUAGGCUACAUUGAGAAGUUGCAGGAGGGGAUUGUGCAUGUGCUCAAGCUUCACCUUCAGAGCAACCAUCCGGACGAUACCUUUCUCUUCCCAAAACUCCUUCAGAAAAUGGUGGACCUUCGGCAGCUGGUCACGGAGCAUGCGCAGCUUGUGCAGGUCAUCAAGAAGACCGAGUCAGACGCAGCGCUGCACCCACUGUUGCAAGAGAUCUACAGAGACAUGUACUGAUUUCUCCUGAGAUGGCAGGCUGUUGCCACUGUUCAGGGACCUCUGAGGUCUGCGGCCCCAUACGGGAGAGCAGGGAUUUGCACAGAUGGCCUCCCUCCAACCCUUGAGGAUGAAGAGGGCUGAGCCUACGUAAUGCAGGCUCUUCCCACGUCCUUACUUUCUAAAUGGGCACUUCUAAGACUACCAGCUACCAAAAUGGGGGUGAUCGGAGGCGAAUAGGAUUCAAACAAUUACAGACAAUGGCAGUUUCCAGUCUGAUCUUAACUGGCCCAAUGUUAAUCAUUGCACAGUACUCUAUGUUGCAUUUAUAAUUCAUCAUUAAUUAACGGGUAACCUCAAAGUCGCCGUCUAGUCCCUUCCUGCUGUCCCUCUGGCUGUGUGCUGCACUGUCGUGUAUCCUGAAAACUAAUCUGCACUUUUUAACCUUUAAAACCCUAUAAGUCAAGAUGUGGCCCAAGGUUAGCCAUUUAAACGUGGCCCCCCCCAAAAAAAAUGUUUAUUGGGAAGACUUCACUUGUGUUUCCUGGCUCUAAGAAAGAGAGCUGGCUUCUGAGAACAUUCGAGAAUAGUUUGAUAAGCUAUCCCAUCAUUCUCUCCGUGGUCUCACUGUUCUGGAGGGUGUAACUGACUCGUCGGGGCGAAAAUCGUUUUCAGAUUUGUGUAGAAGAUUCCCAGAAAGUUACAUCUCAAGAAGCCUCAGGAGGCUUCAGCUAGUGUCUGAGAGACAAAGACAGGAUGAGCCCUGGGCGACUAGUUCUGCAACUUUGCUCAUGUCAGACCCUCAGAGUGUGGGCAAGGCAGCAAUAUCAGGGGUGGAUUCACAAAAGAUUUGUAAAUGCCCCUCUAGGCCCUCCCUUUGGCAGCUCCUCUAUGUGAUACUUCACUAGUACUUAAAAAAAAAAAAAAAAAAAAAAAAACCUCUCUCGGUGAUAAGAUGCUCUCUUUCUCUCUCUGGAGUGGAGAAGGCAAAAGUGACUUCGCUACCUAGGCUGAAGGGAGCUGGUCACCCUGGAGAACAAGAGAGAAGGGUGUGGUUUAAUUGAGCUUCUAUUUGUACCCAGCCGAAGAUCUCACAACACUUGGUUGGUCUGUUGUUAUUGUUGUUGUCGUUUUAAAGAAUUAGAUGGUAAAGUCCCUUUUCCUCAGUCCCACUGGGAGAGCAGUGCUGGCUGCCUUCAAGAGAAACAGUUGCACAAAGGGUUCUCAGACCUCAUGGACCUGCCAGCACCUGCCCUCCAAGGGGGUGGCUGUGUAUUUCAGAUCAGGUUGUAUCUUCUACGCUCCUGACCGACCCAUCUUUAGAAAACUUGACUCUUCCGACAUCAUCAUUAUUUGUUAUUAAAGAAUGAUCCAGACGGACACUGCCAAGGAGUCGAGGAUGUAGCUCAGUGGGUAGAGGGCUUGGUCCCUGGUGUUGCUUUAGGGCCAUGGUGGUCGAUGCCGGCAACCUCAGCAGAAGUCAGAGGUAGUCUUCAUAUACAUAAUUAGGUUUGAUGACAGUCUGUGCUGUGUGAGACCCUGUUUAAA